CUUUCACGGAAUGAAGCCAAGUAACCCUGUUUGUUGCCUUUUGGAAUGACCAGUGGUUUCACAGACCUCCAGAGAGUGAACCUUUUCACAUGAAGCCUGGUUCUCCUUCGACAACAUAAUGUCAAGCAACACCAGUUCUGAUGGCCCAUCUUCCACAACAGUUAGCUCAGUUCUGGUUCAGGCUGGAGAUUGCAGAAUCAUCAUAGCUAUACUUAAGUGUGGAAAUUGGGUGCAGCUCCAGCUGGCUGAAUCGGUACCAAAUUUAUUAGAAAUUGGCAGCAAUCAAGAAGAGACCAAAAAAUUGUUACAAGAUCAUGAACGUCUCCUGGCUAAGCUUAAGCCUUUGGAAGAUCAAGUUUGGGACCUGUUACGUGAAGCGGACAAAACCACAGCCGAAGAAAAAGAUCAAAGCCAGGUGUAUGACGCCAUGGCAGAAACCAUGGGAGAUGCAUGGGAUUCUCUUGUGAUUGUCUUAGAGAAGCGCAGGGCGCUUUUGAAGCUGACUUCAGAUUUUUUUGAACAUGCUCUGGAGUUUGCGAUCAAAAUCGACCAAGCUGAAGAUUUCCUGCAGAAUUCCCAAGAGUUUGAGAAUCCUGAAUCCCUGAGAGCAGUCCUGCAUCAGCAUGAACAUCAUACAAAAGAGCUCUUAGAAAAGUCACUGGUCCUCUUAAACAAAAGCCAUGACCUUACUGAAUUCAUAGAGGAAUUCAAAUCUGAUGGGCCAAAUGUAAAUCCAGAAUUCAUUCAGGGAGCCCAGAGCAGCUGCUUGAAAAUUGGCAGUCUCCUUGAAGUUCUGCAAGACAGGAGAAGGCAACUGGACAAAUACCUGAAGCUACAGCGCCAAGGACUAGAGCAGGUCUUGCAAAUCUGUCAGUGGCAUCACCAGGAAAAUCAGGUAACCACCUGGUACAAAAAGAAUAUAAAAGAUUAUUUUCAUAAGCGAUACCUGGGCUCAACUUUAACAGAAAAUGAAGAGUUACUUCAGGAGCACAAGGAAAUGGAAAAUAAGGUUAAAGAAUGGAACUCCACUGUAGAAGAUUUAAAAUCAGAUGCACUCAAGAUUCUGUUUUCAGAGGACUAUGCUGAAAAAGAGCAUCUAAAGCUUUCAAAUCAGAAAAUGAAUCUGUUGCAACAGGAAGUGAAUCGUCGUAUGGAGGAGUGGAAAACCUUGUUACAAGAAACCAAUGAAUUCUUCAGUGCAGCAAAGAAGGCAUGUGAUAUACUUAGAAAUGUAGAAGCUUCUCUUAAGCGUCUUCACUCUGAAGAUUUAAGCUUGCCUCUUUUGGCAAUAAAGCAUGAGGAACUGAAGAAAGAGAUUAAAGAUGUGUCAGCUGAUGCCCUGCACAAGGGACAAACCUUGCUUAGCAAAGGAGAUACCCACAGUUAUUUGAUGACUGGUGUUCAGGAAAUGGUAGACUGUAUUCACAAGACAGUAGAUGAGUUGACCAAUCAGUGUCCGUCUUACAAAGAACUUGCCUCAAAAAAGGAACAUGUAACCACCUCCUUAGAUGAUUAUCUCAAGAAGGCCUCUACAAAGAUUAAAAACGUUAGUCCUAUUGUCUCAGCUGCAAUAAAUCCUGGAUCAUCUGUGCCUGAAUCAGAGAAAGUCCUGAACAAAUAUUUAGAGAUGGCAAAUCAAACCAAGGAAAUGGCAAAUGAACUGGAAUUAGCUGUUAGAAUUUUUAAAGAGAUGGAAGAAUUUGAAACCACAGAAGUGGCAGUUUUUUCUAACAAAACUGACCUUCUAAAUGAAGAACUGGCAACACUUAACAGAAAUAUUAGCUCAAAACUGGAAAUCUUGAAGCCGUAUGUAGCAUUUUUAAAGUCAUCGAAUGAGGUUGGAGGUGAUGCCCAGAGGCUGAAAGAAUUCUAUGUAGUGGAGCCUGUGCGAGAAGAUGCUGAAGCUAAAAAUGAGACUUUGAUGCAGUCCGCUGACAUCCAGUGGCAGAUGGUUUUAAAGAAGAUUCUUUCUACUCAAGAUAUGGGGCAUGACUUUUUAAAUUUAGUAAACAUGAUAAAUGAGAAUCUAAUAUUGAAUGUGGAAAAUGUUGUACAAGUAACUGAACACACUAUUGAUAUUUUGAACAAAGAAAAGGAAGAACUGACACAGCUUUGGGCAACAUGGAAGCUUAAUAUGAAUCAAGUGAAAUCUAUCAAACAUCAAUGUGGGAAAUUUAAAGAGCAAUUUAAAAUGACGACCCAAACCUUAUACACUCUUCAAGAUGCACUCAGGUCUACUGCAGCACUUGAUCUUGGAAGUAACCUUUCAGUACUUGUAGAAAUGCAAAACAAAUUUAACCAAAUGAAGCCACAGUUUCAGCAACUCAAUGCUGAGGUGGAAUACAUGUCAAAGUUAUCAGAGCAGCUGAGUUUGAAAGGAGUACCCGACAUGGAAAAGUCUGAGAAAGUAAGUGAGCUUAUUCAUCUCCAUAAGGAGAUAAAGGAAAAGAUGGCAGAAUAUGAUGAAAUUUUCAACAAGACAAUCAAAUUCCAUCAUGUCAAAGAGGAACUGGAAGGUCUCAUAAAAUCAGGAGGAUUGACGAUCCCAGAAGUAAAAGAUGUGCCCAGUGACACUCCCUAUGCUAAGAUCCACUUGAUUAAUGCUCAGGAGAAGCACACACGUAUCAGGCACCUGUACAAAUUGGCACUCUCACUUGGAAUGGACAUAAUUUCAACAGUGCAACAACCUAAUACCUUUAAUGUUUCUGUAAAGAACCUACAGCAGCAGCUCAACGCCCUUGAAUGUGACAGCAUUAAUUGGGAUUCCAAAGCUGAAAAAUAUGAGGAAGAGUUGUCGCACAUCAACCAUUUCUGCACCACAAGAGACGAAAUACAUGAGCUCAAGGAAUCAUUUAAAGACCUUAAAAAGAAAUUCAACAACAUGAAAUUCAACUAUAGCAAGAAAACUGAAAAAGCACGAAAUCUAAAGACACUAAGAAUUCAAAUUCAACAAGUUGAUAUAUAUUCUGAAAAAAUGCAGGUACUGAAAAAGAAGACAGACAAUCUAAAGAAGAAAAUCUUAGAUUCCUUAGUAACUCAGCCUAGUGAUAAAGCUGGAAUACUCACUGGGUCAGUUAACGAAUUAGAGAAACAGCUGAGUGAAUUUGGCAAGAUUAUGGAGGAUUACAAACAAAAUUUAGAUCUGAUGGAGCACCUGCAGCAGAUGAUGGAAGAGUGUCAGUUUUGGUGUGAAGAAGCAAGUGCUACAGUAGUUAGAGUUGGAAAAUAUUCAUCAGAGUGCAAGACGAGGGAGGCAGUAGAAACACUCUACAAGCAAUUCAACAAAUUUGUUGAGCCAAUAGUCCCUCAGCAAGAAGAAAGAAUUCAGCAGAUUACUAACCUUGCUAAAGACUUAUAUGGGAUUGAAGAUGGAAAGAAGUACAUUGAGAAAAUAGCAGCAAAACACAAGGAAGUUCUUGAUUCUAUCAGUGAACUGUGCAGCUCUUUAACAGAACUUGAGGACAAGCUUGGGGAAGACUCUCUGAAGGGAAAAACACCAAAUUCUGAUAAUUUUGAUGAUGAAAAAGAAGUAGAACUAGAAAGACACAAGCAGAAGAUAGAUAAGGAGAAUACAAAAGAAAAUGCAAGUGAGCCAAAACAACAGAUGGAGUCAAGCACAUUAGCUGAAAGCCCAGUUACAACUACGACAGAAAACACAGUUGUCUCUACCAGCAAGGUAAAGGAAGAGAAAAUAUUGGCUGAUAUUUCAGUUGUCUGCCCAGCUGGUGAGGAUUUUGUUUCACAGGACACAGAUCUCUUGUCUUCUGCCAAAGAGGAUAGCUUUCAGGCCGAGCUGCUGGCAGAAGAAGUGCCCUCUGGAGAUGAAUAUGAGUGUAUAUCUCCUGAUGAUAUCUCACUGCCACCUCUUUCUGAGACACCAGAGUCCAACAUUCUGCAUUCUGAAACAGAGUUAGAAGAGCCACCUUGCUGUAGCUCACAUAGUCUGCAUGUCAGCUCCUGUAGUGUGCAAAUGCAGAUAAAUGCUGGCAGUAAAAGAAUGACGGAUGAAUGCGAUCCUUUAACCUUUGUUGCUUAUGCUGACACGCCUGGUCACCAAAACGAACACAUGUCAGAUCAGCCAGGGAGAUUUUCUUCCUCUACCCUAAGUUACCACUCAAUAUAUAAAGCAGAGUCCCCAUUUUCUCAUAGUUCACCAGAAAUACCUGAAGCUAACCCUGUUACAAGCAUGUUCAAGACUAAGCCUGCCUGUUGCAUGACAAGUGAAGUGUGCAAGACCUAUUUGCAACGUCAUGAGGUCCACAGAAGCAUGAGAGAAGCAGAGGGACAAUUGCAUGACAGAAAUAACUUUACUAAAAACCAGGACAGGCUGCAUGCUCAAGCCAACACAUUCUCAGAUCUCCUGUUUCAGCCAGACACCACCAGAAGCUGUCAGAGGCAGAUGGUCACCCAAGAAGAGAUUAAAAGUAUAUCUGAAAAGAACAGCAUGGUCAGCCUAUCUGGACAGGCACCUAACUUCUCCAAGCUUCUAUCUAAUGUAACUGUCAUGGAAGGUUCUCCGGUGACUUUGGAAGUAGAAGUUACAGGAUUCCCAGAGCCUAUACUUACCUGGUACAAGAAAGGCCAGAAAGUGACUGGAGAUGAGCAAUUAAAGCUCUUGCACAAGGACACAAAGUAUACUUUAUUCAUUGAGAAGGUGUGUGACACAGAUGCUGGCCUCUAUGUGGUUCGGGCUAAAAAUUCUAGUGGCACAGUCUCCUCAAGUGCCAUCCUCCAUGUGAAAGGUAAUGGGCCACCUAUAAAAAGAAUAGACUGGAUAAUUCUGUGUGCCCUCUACUUGAUUGUAUCACUUGCGUACUGGCUGUUCACUUAGUACAGCACACUGACUUCACUGGACUUUAAUUUUCACAAUUGGAGACAACAGCAAACGGCCAUCUUUCGCUGCACUUCAUAUCACUUUUGCCACCCUUGCUUAUGAAUCACUCUGAAUAUAGUGCUUUUGGUAUUAAUAUCACAGCUACACCGUCGUGAUUUAUUUAUACUUUACCAAUAUUAAAUGGGGAAAGAGAUUUGUAAAGACACCUGGUAGGUUCUUGUGCUUUAGUUCUAAAACCAAGCAAUAAAGGAAAUAUAUUUAUGGAUUAUGAUUUGUUUGCAGACAUCUGCAAGAUGCUCAGUU